AUGGCCUCUCCUACGUACCAAUCCCGUUUUGCCACGGCAGUCGCUGCUGCCGUCGGUACAGCUGUUGUGCACGCGGCACAUCUCGCCUACACGGAAUGGGCAAACCGGACAAAGAGGCCCAACAAGCCGUCGGCCAAUUGGCCAUGGAGGAUAACUCUCUUCGUGUUCAUGACCAUCGCUUUAACCCUGAUCGUCUUCUGUGCCCUCAGGAAGACGGACGCCGGCAUCGCUAUCCUCGAUGCGGUUUCCGUCACGCACGUGGUCGUCGUAGAGCAUUACAUUGUUUCGGUACUUACCGAUGCUCCUAGCACCUCGGGUCCGAAGCGGUGUUACUGGAUCGGCACGGGGAUGCAGGUAGUGUUUGCGGCGUUUGGGCUGUGGCAGCUCACGGAAGGGUUCAACAUCUUUUACGAUGCGCCACUGAUUUCGCGUGCCAUGUUCGCCGCGGUAGCAAUCUAUUUAACAUGCCAGAUGACGCAGUCGCAGGCGCACAUGUACCUCAUGGCGGCGUGGUCGGUGUAUGCGACGAUCAGCACACUGGCAUCGCUAGGGCUCCUCGCCGCCAACGCGGCGCUGUGGUCGCGGAGUGGGUCCGCCGGCGACGGAGAGCAGCUCCAGGCGCAUGCCCUCGCACAGUGCGUCCUCGGCUGGCUCGACAGCGCGGUCAUGGUCGCCGCGCCUCUCCUCCUCAAGCGUCUGGUGGGGCCCGAGGCGGCGGCGGCGACGGCGACGACGACGGCCAACGGGUCGCUGACACGGUGCAGCACGCCGCGCACGUCGGUGCUGACGGUGGAGAGCCUCGACUUGAGGCCGAGCUCGGCACGGACGUCGGACGGGACAUUUGUGGAUCUCGAAGCCGGAGAUGUGGUGGCGCUCUUCGACAAAAACCGGUCCACGCUCGAUUUAGAGGGACUAGCGGAAGCGCUAGAGGCAACGCAAGCGGAGGCGGCAAGGCACGCGGACGGCCGGUGCGGCCGAUAA